AUGGCUACCAACGGCACCAAUGGAACAAAUGGCAAUGGCCACCCCAAGAUCGAGGACAUCGUCAUCGUCGGCGGCUCCCUCGGCGGCCUCAUGGCCGGCGUUGCCCUCAAAACCCACGGCUACAACACCACCAUCCUCGAACGCACAAAUGCUUUUCUCUUGGAAAACCAAGGCGCCGGCAUCGUAGCCGGCGGCGACACGAUCGAGUACUUUAAAAAGUACGACCGGACCGGUAAACCCGUCGCUGUGCCGAGCUAUAAACGCUUGUAUCUGAACAAGCAGGGUGAUGUUAUCUAUGAGAAUGAACAGAGGCAGAAUAUGACGUCUUGGGAUUUGACGUAUUAUUUGUUAAGGGCGAAUUAUGAUCGGGUGGAGAGUGGGUAUUUGCAAGGAGCGAAGUUGCCUGAGAGGAGAGAAGGGGAUGGGGAGGUGAGGUAUCGGUAUGGGUGUACGGUUACGGAUGUGGUUGAGGAAGGGGAGGUCGUGAGGGUUGUGUUUAAGCGGAAGCUGGAGGAUGGGACGGAGGAGGAGGAGAGUUUGACGACAAAGUUGCUGGUUGCUGCUGAUGGACCGAGUUCGACGACACGGUCGAUUCUGGAGCAGGGGAUUGAGAGGAAGUAUGCUGGGUAUGUGGUGAUUCGGGGGACGGUGCCGGAGGCGGAGGCGAGUCAGGAGGCGUUGGAUGUCUUUCGAGAGAGGUUUUGUUUUGUAAGUAUGCGUUUGGCUGAAUUGUUGACGUCUGCUGAUAUUGUGACCAGUUCCACGCACCGGGUAAGGUUGGGUAAGGAGUCUGGCGAGGGCAGUAGAAUUGACUUUUGGUGUAUAGGUAUCCAGAACCUCACCUACACCAUCGCCGGCGAGAACGGCAACACAGAGCCUGGCCACCGACUGUUGAACUUUGUCUGGUACGCGAAUUUUGAUGAAGGCAGCGAGGACCUGGAGAGAAUCAUGACAGAUAAGAAUGGAAGGAGAAGACGAAUAACCAUCCCACCCGGUGCGUGA